UCCGCUGCGCAUGCGCCGCUUUCCCGCGCCCGCCUCUGGCCCGGUGUGAUGUGUGAGCUAUAACUGGACACACGGGUGGUCUCUUUUCCCCGCUGGCGACCCGUAGCAUGUGGCCCUUUGACCCGCCCAGGCGGGGUGAGAGGUCGGGUGGCCAUCUUGCGACAGCGGUGGCGGUUUGUUGUUGGUGAGGCCCCGCCGCGCCCCCUCCCCCCCGGGCUGAGCAGGCCCCGGGGCCGGGCCGGGCCGGGCGGCGCCAUGUCCUCCUUCUCGGAGUCGGCCCUGGAGAAGAAGCUCUCGGAGCUGAGCAACUCCCAGCAGAGCGUCCAGACCCUGUCGCUGUGGCUCAUCCACCACCGCAAGCACGCCGGGCCCAUCGUCUCCGUGUGGCACCGCGAGCUCCGCAAAGCAAAAUCAAGUAGGAAGCUUACAUUUCUAUAUUUGGCGAACGAUGUCAUCCAGAACAGUAAAAGGAAGGGUCCUGAAUUCACAAGGGAGUUUGAAUCUGUUCUUGUGGAUGCUAUUUCUCAUGUUGCCAGAGAGGCAGAUGAGGGCUGCAAAAAGCCCUUGGAGCGACUGCUUAACAUCUGGCAAGAAAGGAGCGUGUAUGGCAGCGAGUUCAUACAACAGCUGAAACUUUCUAUGGAGGACACCAGUAGCCCUCCACCAAAAGUUACAGAGGAGAAAAAGUCCUUGAAGCGGACAUUUCAGCAGAUACAAGAGGAAGAAGAUGAGGAUUACCCUGGGAGCUACUCGCCCCAGGACCCCAGCACUGGGCCAUUACUGCUUACAAGGAAGUAUGUAUGUCAAGCAGACAGUGAACAUCCUUUGGUUCUUCAAGCCAGCAUAAACAUUGAAAAGACUGAGGACUUGAUCAAAGCCCUGCAGGACCUGGAAAAUGCAGCAUCAGGAGAUGCCACAGUGCGGCAGAAAAUUGCCUCACUGCCACAGGAAGUUCAAGAUGUGUCACUGCUGGAGAAAAUUACAGACAAAGAGGCAGCAGAACGUCUUUCGAAAACGGUGGAUGAAGCAUGUUUGUUACUAGCGGAGUAUAAUGGGCGGCUGGCAGCAGAGUUGGAAGACCGACGCCAGCUGGCACGCAUGCUGAUUGAGUACACCCAGAACCAGAAGGAUGUAUUGACCGAGAAAGAGAAAAAGUUAGAAGAGUAUAAACAGAAGCUUGCUCGGGUAACCCAGGUCCGCAAGGAGCUGAAAUCUCACAUCCAGAGCCUUCCAGAUCUGUCGCUGCUGCCCAACGUUACAGGAGGCCUGGCACCUUUGCCAUCUGCUGGUGAUCUGUUUUCAACUGACUAGGACUAAUGGUGCUCGCAUUUACUAAUUCCCCUUAGUACCAGCAGAAGUAAGAAAACUCUCAUGUUGACUGGAAAUCCAGUCUUCCAAUGAUCUACCAUAGGAAUGAACAUACAGACCCUACUUUCAACCUACCAGCUGCACAUGCGUGCUCUCUGUGUACAGUGUCUCAUGUUGAGGGGAAGAUGGAGAGUGUGUAUGUCCAUGUUCUGAAGGGAGUGGGUAUAGAGUCCAUAUAUAUUUUGAAAAGAAACUUUUCUCACCUUUUCUGUACUCAGAUUUGUUUCCGUUUGCUCUUAGCACUUGUUACUCCCACAGAAGUCCAUAAGAAUCAUGUACAUAUACCUUGAAAGUUUUCAAAGAAAUGUUGUGUUUUUCUCUCUAAAAGUGUCUGAUUAUUUCUGAAUCUGUUUUGUGUGUGUUAGUUGGGUUUCUGACGUUCAAAUCUAUAAGCAGUAGAGUGGCUAGUGUGCUUCAUGGGGGCGUAUGCAUGUGUGGACUGUACCAUACUGGGAUCAGGGGGACAUGUCCACAGAGCAACAGUACAGUUAACCUUUUGUUAAAUCGAUAGUUGCUGUUACUGUUGUAGGAAUGACCUCAAGGUGGCUCCUAUUUGGUAUGGUGCAUAUGUACAUACACUGAGACUCGCACUAUGGGCGAUAGAAAUGAACAGCUUGUUUUUGUGAGUUAGAGAUAACUUCAUAACUUGCACUGUGUGGAGCAAUGCAGAACUGGUUACUAAGCAUGAGUAGAAGUGAAUUUUAUUCCAACUCCCUUGUAUUAUAUUUAUACCACAUUUUCCCUCUGUAUUAGAUAAAUGUAAAUGCUACAGAAGUUUUAACUAGCCAAGAGGUUGGAGUGGUGGAAUAAAACUAGUGAUAUCUCAAAUAGGUACUGUAACUUUCUUUGUGAACUUGAGAAUGGCUAUAUUGAAAAUCUUGUUCUAUGAAUUUUGUCUCCUUAGGUUAAAUAAGUGAAUUUAUUUGAUGGACUGAAGUUAAAUGUGGUAUAAAUAUUUUAUUUAUAUAGCGUAUCAACAUAUACAGACCUGUAUGUAUAUGUAUACACACAUCCUGUAUACCAUAGAUCAGUAUACAUGAGCAUGUAUAUAUUGGGAGGAUGUAUGUAUUUUCGCAUCACACAUUAAUGUGAGUUGAUUUUUUCCCAGUAAAAAUCGAAAAACAAAUUUAAAAAAUACUAAUUCUAAUUCCAUGAUCAUGCUAGCUAAUGGUAUAACUACCAUGGAUGUAGUUAGCUUUAAAUGUUUGUGUAUUAGUUUUAGCAAGCAGGCCUGCCUGCUCCAUUGCAAACCAUUCCAAUCUGGCAAUUUUGUUUUAAUUUAAACACUUCUUGCUAAGGGCAUGUCUUCACUAGCAAUGGGGCAGUGCUUUAACGUGGC